UUGCAUUGCAAGAUUAUCAAUAUUUCAGAUAAAAUGUUGCUCCCGGUGUUUACCUUGAACUUCAAUCAGAAGAUGUUGGUGGGAAGGGUCUGUAUUGGAGAAUAUGAUGGAGAGCAUCCUUGUCUUACAGCAGCUACUACAGCUGAGAAGGUAGGGUGGGAAGGUAUUGGAGAAUAUGAUGGAGAGCAUCCUUGUCUUACAGCAGCUACUACAGCUGAGAAGGUUCUGAUUCAUAAUCCACAUCAAAGACUAGGUUUACAGGCUGGACGCUUGGUCGCGAACCAGGCGAACCAGGAUUUAUCAAUGUUGAAUAUAAACCAGCGAAUUCUCUCGCUAGCCGCAGGUCGACUCAACCCUACCUUGAAUAGAGAUAUUCUUCUAGUUGGCAGUCCAACAAACCUACUGGCGUAUGAUGUUGAGAACAACAGUGAUAUCUUCUACAAGGAAGUGGCGGAUGGAGCUAAUGCUGUUCAGAUUGGAUAUAUCGGAGACAGGGAGAGACCUCUUGCGGUAGUCGGAGGAAACUGUUCUCUCCAGGGAUUUGAUUUUGAAGGAAACGAUCCGUUCUGGACUGUUACAGGAGAUAAUGUUACCUCUCUUAUAUUAGCUGAUUAUAGUAAGAAUGGAAAAAAUGAACUCAUUGUUGGCUCUGAGGACUUUGAGAUCAGAGUGUUUGCGGAAGACGAGAUUAUCACUGAGAUUACGGAGACAGAAGCUGUCACUGCCCUCACUCCUAUUCAGGACGGAAGGUUUGGAUAUGCAUUAGCAAAUGGUACAGUGGGCGUCUAUGAGAAAACUACGAGAUGGUGGAGAAUAAAGGUAAACAAUGGUACAGUGGGCGUCUAUGAGAAAACUACAAGAUGUAUGAUUACUGGCUGGAGUUCAGGGAAACUUGACGCAAGAAAUGAUAAAAGUGGGGAAGUUGUUUUUAAGGAUAAUAUGGGUGCCUCCAUAGCUGGUCUAACCCAGGGGGAUUACAGGCAAGAUGGCAAGAUGGAGUUGAUCGUUUCAUCAACAGAUGGCGAAGUGCGAGGAUAUCUACCUGCUCCUCCUGAAACUAAGAAGAAUCUGAUGAACCUAAAUGUUGAACAGGAAACCAUUAGAGAAUUAUCCUCUAGGAAGCAGAACCUUUUGUUAGAGUUGAAGAAUUAUGAAACAAAUCAAAAGAAUAGUGGUUUCUUGAAACUACCAGCUCCAGUUGAUGAGGAUGGUAAAAUCCCUGCCCAAACCCAACUACAAACCGUUCUAGCAAUUAAUCUUGGUUCUGAAGGAAAACAGGUUUUAUAUGGUUUCGGAGAAGAUAGAUUAAUGAGAAUACUUGAUGGUGUCAAGCCCCACGUUGAGGUCACUCUGUCAACUUCGAACAAUACCAUUAUUCGAGCAGUUCUUAUCUUUGCAGAAGGAAUCUUUGAGGGUGAAAGUUUUGUAGUUCAUCCUAAGGAUUUUGGGAAGAAUAUUUCUGUACCAGUGUCACCACCCAGAGAUAUACCUGUAGAUCUACAUAUCAAGGCUUUUGUUGGGCAAGCAAAUGCCUCUCAGUACCAUGUAUUUGAGUUGACCAGACAGCUACCACGCUUCUCUAUGUACUCAUUGGUACCAAGUGACGAUGAGGUCCCUGAGCCUGAGGGUGAGCUGAUGUUGGUCCUGAAGGAGAGAGUUCAGAGGAUCAUCAUGUGGCUCAAUCAGAACUUUCUUCUUACAGAGGAUUUGGAGAACAGUGCAGCAGCUCUAGAUGUUAAAUUCUUAUCUCUUAGGGAUGGAGCUGUUUUGAGUAUUAAUGCUGAUGGAACAGGAGUAGUAAAAAUAAGAACCAACAAUAUGGAUUUGGCUGGAGACAUUGUUCAAUCAUUGGCAAAUUAUCUUGGCUUAGAGGACUUAGGAAGCACUGCCAAGUUUCCUGCUGAAAUGUUUAAACUAGAAGGACUUCUCUCAAGAGCUGAGGAACUACAGUUUGUAAGGUUAAAACUAAGCGCUGAUAUGGCAGACCAUUCAGGGGUCAUCAGGAGCCUGGUAGUGCGUGGAGAGGAUUCGAGAAUAUUAAAAGAUAUGCAAAGCAUGAAGAAAUGGUAUGGACAGCUUCAUGAUAUAAAUAGGGAUCUUGUAUCAGGAUACAAAAUCAGGGUGACCAACCACGAGGAGUUGAUGGAUACAUUAAAGGAAGUUAACCAGGUUAUUCAGCGGGCUGGUCGUCUCCGGAUAGGCAAGUCUAAGACUCUGGUAAUAAAUGAAUGCAGAGAUGCUAUAAAGAACAAAAAUAUCAGUCAGCUGAUAAAAGUUAUUUCUACGGGACAAUCCUAAUAAAUGAAUUCAACUGAUAUAAUUUAUAUCAUACGAGACAAUCUUAAAGAAUUAUAUCAGUCAGCUGGUAAGACUUUAACAAAGUUAUGGAAACCCCAGAUCUUAAAUUUUGUAAAUUUUUUCUCAAGAAAUUCUAGGAUGGCCAUUCAAGGUAAUAAUUUCUGAUUGAUAUUUCACAAGCCAACUGAGAGUUAUAAUCCUGGAAACAAAGUUUUAAUUAUUCUGUGUAACAAUAUGUGAAAAUGUGAAACAAACUUUUUUGUCCAUUUUUGGACACGUUUAUUAGCUAGAGUAAAACUGACAAAAAGAUCCCAAAAUUUUCAUUUUUUACAAAACAUAAUUUCUCCCGAGCAUUGAUCCUCAAAUUAAAAGUGUCCACCGUGAUAUCAAGAUCUAGCAAUCGGGAUUAUGGGUAUUCAUAAUCCCGAUUCAAAAGAUCCCAGCUCAGAUUAUUGUACAAUGUAGUUUGAUGUGUUUAAAGUUGGUUUAAACUACAAAUAAAUAAAAUUACUACAUUUA